AUGACGCUUGGUGUGAAUCUGCUGUUUCUUAUCUGUGUGACUGUGGAGGUCUGUCUCCCUCUGGAUCACUGUCCGGCUCACUGCCACUGUGACUGGGACGUCCUCAGUGUAUCCUGUGUCGGCGCUGAGGUCCUGCCUGUUUUCCACUGCAGCACACAGGAGGUGUGGCUUACUGGGACCAAACUUUCCUCUGUUCCUCAGAACGCCUUCGCCAACUUGGCCAACGUUUCUCACAUAUACAUCUCUGAUGAUGACACUUUAACACAUCUGGAGAGACAUUCUUUCUACAACCUGUCCAGAGUCACCCACAUACAACUGAAUGGUAUCAAAACACUGUCACACAUUGACCAUGAGGCGUUUAAGGACCUGCCUAAUUUAAAGUACCUUGGGAUCACCAACACCGGUCUGACCUCCUUUCCUGGACUACAGUACAUCCAGUCCAGCCAAGAGGAUUUUAUUUUGGAGAUACUGGAGAACGCCUUCAUACAUGUCAUCCCUGCUAACUCCUUCAGUGGAAUAUGUGAGAACGCUCUGAGCAUCAUGCUGAAUAGCAACGGCCUGAAAGAGAUCCAGAGCUUUGCCUUCAACGGGAGCAGACUGGAGGAAGUGUAUCUUCACAGGAACCUGGAUUUGGAACAAAUAGAUGAAAAUGCAUUCCAUGGUGUGAUUCACGGCCCGACUCACCUAGACAUUUCAGAAACCAAACUUAGCUCUUUGCCCUCAAGAGGUCUGGAGGCCAUUGAAAAGCUCCAAGCUAAAAACACUUGGGCCCUAAAAGCGCUGCCCCCCUUCAGGGCCUUCCUCCAUUUACAGAGUGCUGAAUUGACGUUCCCAAGCCACUGCUGUGGUCUAAAACUGUUGAACAGAUGGAGAGGACACGCUGAGGCAGUUGUCUGCAACCUGACCCGGACUGCUGUGGGGCAGCUGCAGGGAUCUUCUGCAGGUCUCUCUCCGAGGUAUCGGGGAUACAAAAUCUACCAACGUCUGAAUGGCAGCUUUGGUCUCACAACUGCCGGCUCCACGAAUCACAAUCAUUACUACAACACCCCCAUCUGUCCAACUGAGCAGUCUGAAACUGAGGAUCUGUAUUAUGUGGAGUUAACCACAGAGCAUCUCGGUGAAGGGUUUGACUUUGCACUGUGUAAUGAUCUUCACACAGAUAAUCAUGUACCAUGGUGCAGCCCCGUGCCUGAUGCUCUGAACCCCUGUGAGGAUGUGAUGAGUCAGGGCUUCCUCAGGGUGUUGGUGUGGGGGGUUAGCCUGUUAGCCAUCUCAGCUAACCUCCUGGUGAUGUUCAUCUUGCUGACAAGCCGGCAGAAGUUGUCCGUUACCCGUUUCCUCAUGGGCCACCUGGCGUUUGCAGACUUCUGUACGGGGAUGUACUUACUGAUCAUUGCAUCUGUUGACCUCUACACACACUCCCAUUAUUACCACUAUGCUAUUGCCUGGCAAACAGGAAGUGGCUGCAAUCUGGCAGGGACAUUAUCAGUGUUUGCCAGCGAGCUGUCUGUGUACACUUUGACUUUGAUCAGCCUUCAGCGCUGGCACGCCAUCUUCUACGCCAUGAGGCCAGACAGAAACAUGAGGUUACGUCACGCGGCUGUGCUGAUGCUCGUCGGCUGGCUGCUCUGUGCGGUCCUUGCACUGCUGCCGCUGUUUGGUGUGAGCAGCUACCAGAGAGUGAGCAUCUGCUUACCCAUGGACACUGAGACUACUGCUGCUCAGGCCUAUGUGGUCUCCAUUCUGAUGAUUAACAUCAUGGCUUUUAUGGUGGUGUGCUUAUGUUACCUCCACAUCUACUGCAUGGUGCACAAUCCGCAGCACCAGUCCAGCAGGUGUGAUACCAGCAUGGCCAAACGUAUGGCAGUCCUCAUUUUCACCAGCUUCCUGUGUCUGGCUCCCAUUUGCUUCUAUGGCUUGUUUGCAGCUUUCCACCAACCACUGAUGACUCUCACGGAUUCAAAGGUGCUGCUGGUGCUUUUCUAUCCUCUCAACUCUUGUGCACACCCAUUUUUUUAUGUUAUCCUGACAAAAGCAUUUCACAGAGACAUCCUGAUGUUGCUGAGCCGGAUGGGACUUUGUCAGUGGCAAGCACACCUCUACUGA